AUGGGGUGCUUCUCGUCAAAGCCAGAAGAGACUAAUGAAGCAACUAUCAGCAAGGAGGGGGAAACCACUGCUGUAGAGGCUUCUGCUGCUGCUGUUAGUACUGUCCCAUAUGAGAACGCAGGAAUAGACAUCGAUAACACUGAUCCCAAGUUAUUACCUUCAGCCCAGUGCGUACAGAUGCCCGCUGCUGAGUUGCUUGAGGCUACCGCCAUGAAGUCACCUGAGCCAGUAGCAGUCGAGGAGAAGACGGUCGUUGAUCCAAAGGUGCUCCCAUCAGCUCAGACUAUAGCCCAGCCAGCACAGGAAAAGGAGGCCGCUGCCCAACAGGUUACUGCUGCUACUACGUCCAAGUAG